GACCGAUCAACACACGCGCGCGCGACGCCUGAGCGCGAAAACGCAGCGAAGACGCCGCGGGAAACAAACCAACAGCCACCGACGCCGCCGUCGCGAAUUAACGACACACAUUAAUCCGCCGAUUGCCGGUUCCGACGGACAGAGCCUACUCUCCGCGCGGCUUCACGCAGCUUCGGACGCGCGCGUUCUGUUAUUAGACGGCAAGCCGGCGCUUUAGUGAAGCAAGGGACGUCGUCGCGACGCCACACAUCACUACCAACGCGCGACGAAACAUUUAACAUCGGGAGACGUGUGUGAACGAUUACUUUUCAAAGAUUACAAACAACUUUUAAGAGGUUUGCGCAGAUUUAGUUGGCGCUGAAAAUUGAUAUGUGCCGACGCUAAACGGACAAGUUUUAAGGACUUUGAUAAGUUUGUCACGUUCGACUAAACAUCUUCGACAAAGUGUAACAUUUGAAUUAAAUUAUUUAGUGUUCAACAUUGUUUUGAAAACAUCACAUAAGACAUUAUUACAUGAUGUGAUUUGCAAAUUGCCAAUUUGCUGUCGCGCUGAUUGGCUAGAGUCCGAGUAGCCGAGCAUCAUGUGAUAAUUAACCUGCACCUCUCUAGCUCGCCAGUCACCCCGUCACCUGCCCAUCAGUUUCGACGAAGAUGAGUUGGACUGCAGGGGUGGACGACCCCGCCAGCCCUUUGCGUUUUAACGCUACCGACAGCGGCGGCGGCAUCUUCAGCUUGGCCAGCACCAGCCAACCGAGUGGGAACCACAUUAACUCGUUUUACUUUUAUAAGACUGAACAAUUUACCGUACUUUGGGUACUCUUCACAAUGAUCGUCCUGGGUAACUCUGCAGUCCUAGUGACGCUGUUAGUAAGCAAAAGUCGCAAAUCACGAAUGAAUUUCUUCAUUCGCCAGCUGGCAAUCGCAGAUCUCGCCGUUGGAUUGAUUAACGUCUCAACGGAUAUCGUGUGGCGUAUCACAGUUGCUUGGCACGCUGGCAACAUCCUCUGCAAGCUCAUUCGCUUCCUGCAGGCGGUCGUCACCUAUUCGUCCACCUACGUGCUCGUCGCGCUCUCCAUCGAUCGCUACGAUGCCAUCACGCACCCGAUGAAUUUCUCCGGCAGUUGGAAACGAGCAAAGUUUCUCGUCGUCAUCGCUUGGCUGCUGAGCUUCGUCUUCUCACUGCCGACGUUUUUUCUCUUCGAGGAGAAACCCAUCGAAGGAUUACCCCAAUGCUGGAUCGACCUAAAACCAUGGCAGUGGCGCGUUUACAUGACCGUAGUAUCUUUAAUUCUCUUCGUCAUACCUGCCCUAAUAAUCAGCGCCUGCUACGCGGUCAUCGUAUGGACCAUUUGGUCAAAAAGUAAACUUUUAAUACCAGUUGGACAUGUUCCCAUCAGAAAUAAAAUUACAGGUGAUGAACAUAGAACGCACCCACCUCGUUUCCAAGAUGAUCACGACUGUCGUCGUGCAAGCUCACGGGGGAUCAUACCACGCGCGAAAAUCAAGACUGUAAAGAUGACAUUUGUUAUAGUCUUUGUCUUCGUGCUGUGCUGGAGUCCGUACAUCGUCUUCGAUCUGCUGCAGGUGUACGACUACAUUCCAGAAACGCAGACGAACAUUGCCAUUGCCACUUUCAUUCAGAGUCUCGCGCCCUUGAAUUCCGCAGCGAAUCCAGUGAUUUACUGUCUGUUUUCGACACAUUUAUGUCGUAACUUGAGGAAAUUACCACCGUUUUCCUGGAUGUCCGGUUGUUUAACUCUGUGUUUUCCUGGCGUGCAUGGCCAAUGUUUCGGUUACGGCAGUGGUGAUUCCACCGGUACUGUAACUACCUCUUUGACGCACUCUUCAAGACGCUCGGCGUCGGCAGCAUCCUUAAGACACACGAUUCGUUUACAACCGGCGCUUCAUAAUAGUCACAAAGUCGCAAUGUCCGUCGUCUAGUCAGAUAAUUUUAUUAAGAGUAUUACUUCACUAUAGGCAAUCAAACAUACACCUACAAAUAACUUUUUGUGUAAAAAGUAUGGAACAAAAUUAUCUAUUUUAAUUUAAUAUUUAUUUUGCAAAUUAAAGUUACAAUUAUUUGUUACUACGUUUGAAAAUGUACAGAUUGGUGCAAACAUUUAGGUUCUACAAUCAAAACAGAUCAGAUGUAUUGUGGGUUGCCUAUAAGAAGUUAAAAGCUAACAUAAAUUUAAAUGAAUUUAAGAAAUAAACAUAAAAUAAAGGAACAUGAGUGUGCCUGAUUUAUGGUGUACAUAAUUAUCUGCUUAAAACAGUAUAGUAUUAUAUCGAGUAAUAAAAGUAAGUAAUUAUUAUGUUGUAUGUAAUUAUUUUUAUAAUUGUUAAAUAGAUGUUGAAUAUUGUAAAAAUGUUUUACGAAUGAUGUGGCUCAAUGUAACGUCGUUAUUUUCUACAAUGUAAAAUUUCUCGCAUUUUUGUUGCGUCCUCGCAAUAUAUAAACAAGUCCAUUAUUACUAAACACGUUGUUAUUGUAUUUAUUGUCACUAUACAAUAAUUCUAUUUAAUAAUAUUGUAACGAUGUACAAAUUAUUGUUUAUAACUAUUUAUACAAAUAAGAAGACGUAAAACUAAACCAAGGGACCAUUGGCUGGAGUGUGAUGAUGAGACUGCUUAUUAUAUUUUGGUACGAAAACAGAAUUGGGAAAUAUAAGUGAAGGUAAAUAGAGAGAACGUAAGAAAAAAAAUCUAUUUAUGAGACAUGGAAAGGGUGUAGCCAAUGUGGACCUCUUUGUGAUAGCAUUUAGACACUGACUUUAUACAAUAUUUAACAAUGUAAGACUUAAACACACAUAUAAACGAACAAAACAUCAAUCAAAAACUAUACUUGCUGUAAUAACUACCAAUAUAGAAAAUUGUUUUUUUUUUUCUUAAACUAAAUUUAACUGAAAUUAAAAUUUCUACUCCACAUUUACAAUAGUAAUAAUUAAAUUCAUUAAGAACUAUAACGUUUCUUUUAACGCUGUUAAUUAUCAACAAAAUGUUCAAACAAAAAAUAUAUUAAACUCACAGAUGAAUCAAAUUAGCCAAAAAUUCUGUUGUUUUAAAAAUAUUAUUAAAUUUAAUACUAUUUUGAUUUUUACAAAUUAUUAUUGUACGAUACAUUUGUUGUUAAUAAUUAACUGGUUCAUGGACACAAUAUAUUGUAAUAAAUCAUCUCAUUUUUAUCACAAAAUCACAAAUUGUAAUGAAAGGAGAACGAAAACCCGUGUGAAAACAUAAAUGUUUAUUUGAUGGAUAAUUUGUCUUGCUGUAUUGAAAGUAAAAUAAAUAGUUGCAUCCAAUCAA